UUCUUAUAUCUGUCUAAGUCCAUGAGCUAAACCAAAAACAUCUCUCGCUCUUGCUGUCUUAGCUUGCACCGAUAUUCUCUGCAUCUCGGCACGAUGAUAUCACUCCCAUUACUGCUCUUCGUCCUCUUCUUCUCUGCGCUGCUGCUCUUCCCUUCGAGCAGUGACGACGACGGUGGUGGUGAUGCUGCCGGCGACGAACUCGCGCUGCUCUCUUUCAAGUCAUCCCUGCUAUACCAGGGGGGCCAGUCGCUGGCAUCUUGGAACACGUCCGGCCAUGGCCAGCACUGCACAUGGGUGGGUGUCGUGUGCGGCCGCCGGCACCCACACAGGGUGGUGAAGCUGCGGCUGCGCUCCUCCAACCUGGCCGGGAUCAUCUCGCCGUCGCUGGGCAACCUAUCCUUCCUCAGGACGCUGCAACUCAGCGACAACCACCUGUCCGGCAAGAUACCCCAGGAGCUCAGCCGUCUCAUCAGGCUCCAGCAACUGGUACUGAAUUUCAACAGCCUAUCGGGUGAGAUUCCAGCUGCUUUGGGCAAUCUAACCAGUCUCUCGGUUCUUGAGCUGACUAACAAUACACUGUCCGGAGCAAUCCCUUCAUCUCUGGGCAAACUCACAGGUCUCACUGAUCUUGCACUGGCUGAAAAUACGCUGUCUGGUUCCAUCCCAUCAUCUUUCGGCCAAUUGCGCAGAUUAUCUUUCCUUAGCUUAGCCUUUAACAAUUUAAGUGGAGCGAUCCCAGAUCCUAUUUGGAACAUCUCCUCUCUCACCAUAUUCGAAGUCAUAUCCAACAAGCUAAGUGGUACACUGCCUACAAAUGCAUUCAGUAAUCUUCCUAGUCUGCAGGAGGUAUACAUGUAUUACAACCAGUUUCAUGGUCGUAUCCCGGCAUCGAUAGGUAAUGCUUCCAACAUCUCAAUAUUUACCAUUGGUUUAAACUCUUUUAGCGGUGUUGUUCCACCGGAGAUUGGAAGGAUGAGAAAUCUUCAGAGACUAGAGCUUCCAGAAACUCUUUUGGAAGCUAAAGAAACAAAUGAUUGGAAAUUCAUGACGGCAUUGACAAAUUGCUCCAAUCUUCAAGAAGUGGAACUGGGAGGUUGUAAAUUUGGUGGAGUCCUCCCUGAUUCUGUUUCCAAUCUUUCCUCUUCGCUUGUAUCUCUCUCCAUUAGAGAUAACAAAAUUUCAGGGAGCUUACCUAGAGAUAUCGGUAAUCUCGUUAAUUUACAAUAUCUUUCUCUCGCUAACAACUCCUUGACAGGAUCCCUUCCCUCUUCCUUCAGCAAGCUUAAAAAUUUACGUCGUCUCACUGUAGAUAACAACAAGUUAAUUGGUUCUCUCCCAUUCACCAUCGGUAAUCUUACACAACUAACUAAUAUGGAGGUCCAAUUUAAUGCCUUCGGUGGUACAAUACCAAGCACACUUGGAAACCUGACCAAGCUGUUUCAAAUAAAUCUUGGCCACAAUAACUUUAUAGGGCAAAUUCCCAUUGAAAUAUUUAGCAUUCCCGCACUCUCUGAAAUUUUGGAUGUGUCCCAUCAUAACUUGGAGGGAUCAAUACCAAAAGAAAUAGGGAAACUUAAAAAUAUUGUCGAAUUCCAUGCUGAUUCGAACAAAUUAUCGGGUGAGAUCCCUAGCACCAUUGGUGAAUGCCAACUUCUGCAGCAUCUUUUCCUGCAAAACAAUUUCUUAAAUGGUAGCAUCCCAAUAGCUCUGACUCAGUUGAAAGGUCUGGACACACUUGAUCUCUCAGGUAACAAUUUGUCAGGUCAGAUACCUAUGUCCUUAGGGGACAUGCCUCUGCUCCACUCGCUGAACCUUUCGUUCAACAGCUUCCACGGUGAAGUGCCAACCAAUGGUGUUUUUGCAAAUGCUUCUGAAAUUUACAUCCAAGGCAAUGCCCAUAUUUGCGGUGGCAUACCUGAACUACAUCUUCCGACGUGUUCCUUAAAAUCAAGAAAGAAAAAGAAACAUCAAAUUCUGCUGUUAGUGGUUGUUAUCUGUCUCGUUUCGACACUUGCCGUCUUUUCGUUACUCUACAUGCUUCUAACCUGUCAUAAGAGAAGAAAGAAAGAAGUCCCUGCAACGACAUCCAUGCAAGGCCACCCAAUGAUCACUUACAAGCAGCUGGUAAAAGCAACGGAUGGUUUUUCGUCCAGCCAUUUGUUGGGUUCUGGAUCUUUUGGCUCUGUUUACAAAGGAGAAUUUGAUAGUCAAGAUGGUGAAAUCACAAGUCUUGUUGCCGUGAAGGUACUAAAGCUGGAAACUCCAAAGGCACUCAAGAGUUUCACGUCCGAAUGCGAAACACUGCGAAAUACUCGACACCGGAAUCUUGUCAAGAUAGUUACGAUUUGCUCGAGCAUCGAUAACAGAGGGAAUGAUUUCAAAGCAAUUGUGUAUGACUUCAUGCCCAAUGGCAGUCUGGAAGAUUGGCUACACCCUGAAACAAAUGAUCAAGCAGAGCAAAGGCACUUGACUCUGCAUCAGAGAGUGACCAUACUACUUGAUGUUGCAUGUGCAUUGGACCAUCUUCACUUCCAUGGCCCUGAACCUAUUGUACACUGUGAUAUUAAAUCAAGCAAUGUGUUGUUAGAUGCUGAUAUGGUAGCCCAUGUUGGAGACUUUGGACUUGCAAGAAUACUUAUUGAGGGAAGCUCAUUGAUGCAACAGUCAACAAGUUCGAUGGGAAUCAGGGGGACAAUUGGUUACGCAGCACCAGAGUAUGGUGUCGGGAACACUGCCUCGACACAUGGAGAUAUUUACAGUUAUGGAAUUCUAGUGUUGGAAACAGUAACCGGGAUGCGGCCGGCAGAUAGUACAUUCAGAACUGGAUUGAGCCUCCGUCAGUACGUUGAACCGGGUCUACAUGGUAGACUGAUGGAUGUUGUUGACAGGAAGCUUGGUUUGGAUUCCGAGAAAUGGCUUCAGGCUCGAGAUGUUUCGCCAUGCAGCAGUAUUACUGAAUGCCUUGUUUCACUGCUUAGACUUGGGCUGUCUUGCUCUCAGGAAUUGCCAUCGAGUAGAACGCAAGCCGGAGAUGUCAUCAAUGAACUGCGUGCCAUCAAAGAGUCUCUCUCGAUGUCAUCCGACAUGUGAAGAUGUGAGACAUGCUGAUGUUAUGUCCGAGUAUUUCGUUGUAAUCUAAUGUGAAGGGUGAGUGUGUGACUGCUUGGUUGUAAGCUAUUUCCUGAUCUGCCCAUCAGAUCAUGUAUCUGUUCUAUUGUUGUAUUUCUCAGAACAACCACACACCUAAGUAGGAGUACACAAUAGUGUAUUUGUGUAAUUUCAAUAUUGAUGCAUACCCAUGCUAUGUGCUAAAAUUAUAUACUGAAAUUUUGA